GGCUCUCGCUGGGUACCACGGGGCGCCAUGGCCGGCGCGCUGCGGGUGCUGGUGGACAUGGACGGCGUCGUGGCCGACUUCGAGGGCGCGGUGCUGCGGGGCUUCAGCGCCCGCUUCCCCGCGGAGCCACGAGUGGAGCUGGCGGCAAGGAGCGGCUUCUCGGUGCGGGAGCAGUACCGCGGCCUGCGCCCGGACCUGGCGGCUAAGGUAGCCAGUGUCUAUGAAUCACCUGGCUUCUUUCUAGGGUUGGAUCCCAUUCCAGGAGCCCUGGAAGCUCUGCAGGAGAUGAUCCGCAUGCAGGACACUGAAGUCUUUAUUUGCACAAGUCCUCUCCGGAAUUACGAGCACUGCGUCCUGGAAAAGUAUAAGUGGGUAGAGAAACACCUGGGACCCGAGUUUGUGGAGCGGAUUAUUCUAACCCGAGAUAAGACCGUCGUGUCUGCGGACUUGCUGUUUGACGACAAGGACACCAUUACAGGCGCAGAGCCGAACCCGAGCUGGGAGCACAUCCUCUUUACCUGCUGCCACAACAGGCACAUCCAGCUGCAGGCCCCACGCAGGCGCCUGCUGUCCUGGGCGGAUGACUGGAAGGGCAUCUUGGAAAGCAAGCGCAGGCAGUAGUGCACAGAGGGGGUGCUCUUCCCACUGCCAGGAACGCAUCCAUGGGCAGGGAAUCCCAUUCCCAGGAGGCAGUGAGCGCCCUCAUCCAGGCAGAGGCACUCGGGGAGCAGUUAUAACAAGAGCUGCCUUUGUUAGACACGCUGCAGAGCUGCUGCUGCUGCUGCUCCACGUGUCUGGAAGAUUGCUCUGCAGUUAUGUCUGUAGGGUUUGGGGUGUUUGCUGCUGGUGAAACGAUAAAAUACAAGCAGCUGUGGGUUGUAUUUGUGUGUGUGUGUUCUUAACCUCAGUCCUGUUUGGUUUGGGCCCAUUGGGGGUGGAAUGGAACUAAAAAGACGAAGCUCUGAAACUUGAGCAGACACAGCAAGGAUGCCCAUCAGCGAACACUGCAACAGCCAGAGCCUGCUGAUGUUACGGAUUUAGCCACCCUGGCUUUCGGGUUACCUUUUGCAGCGCUGGCUGAUGAAGAAAGGACACGAAGCUGGCUUCCAUUUCUGGCCCAUGUGCGUGAGUAAGAGUGGGCGAAGGCUGGGCUGCAAGUGCUGGAGAGGCGUAUUUAUGAGCUUAUACCACACUGUUUACACAGCGUUGAAGUUAAUGUUUUAUUAGGAGAAGGUUUUACAAGACAGCUGCUCUCAUGAGCCAGGCUGCCAUGGGCCCUCCUUUUAAUCUUCUCCUUUCUCACCAGUGGUAAUGAAAGAAAAUCAGCUUUUCACUUCCCCAUUUACAGGAUACACACUGUCCCGUGUAGUGAUUUACCAGUCUGUGUCACGAUGACAGAUGGCACAGUUACUACCAAAGGCAGGCAUACAGAUUACAAACUGCCAGGGCAGGGAAACACCUUUCUUCUGCAGGAGGAACAACGUUUAUGAGACAUUUAAAGUCCUUUGAGUUGACACUGGAGAGCUGCAGCCCCACCAGGCAGG